CUGCAUAUAGCAUCCAUUGCAGGCAACACGCCAGUCCCUGUACAAACCAGCUGCUGUCAACCGACGCUGAUUUUAACGCUGUUUUUAACGAGUUUUAACGGCUUUUUUAGCUCUUUUUGUCUGCCACGGUUAGAUAGCCAUUUGCAAUGCCAACCAGGACCUCCUUGUCUCUGCCAGAGGAUGUCAGGAAAAGGCUGCAGGUGUUGGAAAAAGACGAGGAUGGCUUUUCAGACGAGGAUCGUGUGAAGGAGAAGCUCAGGUUGGUGCAGGACUUCCUGCAUGUUGAUGCUCAGGACCAGCUCAAUAGCCUAAAGGAGAAGAUGAACACUUCAGAAAUCUCAAAGGAGGGCUACCUCUCCAAAGUAAAGGCCUUACUGGGAAAGGAGCUGUGUGUGGAAAAUGGUUCACAUUUUGGUGGAACGGAGCAGAACGGAAAAACAAAUGGUUUUACUACAAAUGGUUCCCACAAAGAUGAGGAUGGUGGAGAUGUAACAAUGGACAUCCAGGAGGAAGCUGAUGCUAUGAAGUCCCCAUCUGCUCCCAAAGGAAAGAGUGGGCGCAGGAGCAAGGCAGACUCUGAAACUAAAAAGUCCCCGGGCAGUGCCAGGGUCACAAGGAACAGUGGGAAACAGCCAACCAUUUUGUCAAUGUUCUCCAAAGUUCAAAAGCGCAAGUCAGAGGAGGUGAACGGAGAGACUACAAAUGGACAAAAAGAACUGAAGAAAGAGGAGGAGGAUGUUGAGGAGUCCCGGGAAGAGAAGCGUCUCAAAGUGGAUUCAGAUGAAAACACUGCUCCAGAAGAAUCAAAGAGUGAGAUAACAAAGCCAGUUUCUGCUGCGAAGACGCCACCCCCCAAAUGUCCAGACUGCAGGCAGUACUUGGAUGACUCAGACCUCAAGUUCUUUCAGGGGGAUCCUGAUAAUGCGCUGGAUGAGCCAGAAAUGCUAACAGAUGAGCGUCUGUCCCUGUUUGAUUCUAAUGAAGAUGGAUUUGAGAGCUAUGAGGACCUACCGCAGCACAAGAUUACAAACUUCAGCGUGUACGACAAGCGGGGCCACCUGUGUCCAUUUGACUCUGGACUGAUUGAGAAGAAUGUGGAGCUCUACUUCAGUUGUGUAGUGAAACCCAUCUAUGAUGACAACCCAUGCUUGGAUGGUGGUGUUCCUGCCAAAAAGCUUGGACCCAUCAAUGCCUGGUGGAUCACUGGCUUUGAUGGGGGAGAAAAGGCUUUGAUAGGCUUCACUACAGCUUUUGCUGAUUACAUCCUGAUGCAGCCCAGUGAAGAGUAUGCGCCAAUCUUUGCACUGAUGCAGGAAAAGAUCUACAUGAGUAAGAUAGUGGUUGAAUUCCUCCAGAAGAAUCCUGAUGUUACCUAUGAGGAUCUCCUUAACAAGAUUGAGACAACAGUGCCUCCUGCAGGGCUAAACUUCAACCGCUUCACUGAAGACACAUUGCUGCGUCAUGCCCAGUUUGUGGUGGAGCAGGUGGAGAGCUAUGAUGAGGCCGGAGACUCAGAUGAGCAGCCCAUCAUUGUUACCCCUUGCAUGAGAGACCUAAUCAAGCUGGCUGGAGUCACUCUGGGGAAGAGGAGAGCUGCCAGACGACAGGCCAUUCGCCACCCAACCAAGAUAGAGAAGGACAGUAAGGGACCCACUAAAGCCACAACCACUAAGCUGGUCUACCAGAUCUUUGACACCUUCUUCUCUGAUCAGAUAGAUCAGAAUGAUAAAGAGGCCGGUGGUGUCAAACGGCAGCGCUGUGGUGUUUGUGAGGUUUGCCAGUCUCCUGAUUGUGGCAAGUGCUCAGCUUGCAAGGACAUGAUCAAGUUUGGAGGAAGUGGCAGAAGCAAGCAGGCUUGUCGACAGAGAAGGUGCCCCAACCUUGCAGUUAAGGAGGCUGAGGAUGAUGAGAAUGUUGAAGAGGAAGAUUUGCCCUUGGACAAGACCCAAAAGAAGGUGUCUCAGGUCAAGAGAAAGAAGCAGACCCAAUGCAAAUUGACAUGGAUUGGAGAGCCUAUUAAGGCUGAGGGAAAGAAGCAGUACUACAAGAAGGUCAGUUUGAAUGAUGAAGUGCUGGAGGUGGGCGACUGUGUCUCUGUUUCUUCAGAAGAUCCAUCCAUUCCUCUCUACCUGGCAAGAAUCACGUCCCUCUGGGAGGAUAACAAUGGGAAAAUGUUCCAUGCCCACUGGUUCCUCCGUGGCACUGACACAGUGCUGGGAGAGUCAUCCGACCCACUGGAGGUCGUCCUUGUCGAUGAGUGCGAAGAUAUGCAGCUCAACUAUGUUCUGGGCAAAGUAAACAUUAUGUACAAGGCCCCGUCCAACAACUGGUUCAUGGAGGGUGGAAUGGAUGUUGACCUGAAGGUGAUUGACGAUGAUGGUAAGAGCUUCUUCUAUCAGUUUUGGUAUGAUACCGAGUUUGCCCGCUUCGAAACGCCUCCACCCUUCACACCAUCUGAGGACUGCAAGUACAAGUUCUGUGGCAGCUGUGCCAGAACUAAAGAGCGAGAAGACCAGGAGACUCCACGUGCAUUUGAACGCCUGGAGGAUGGCGACCAUGACUCAAAGACCCUGUACGCUCUGGCCUGCUUCAAGGGUGAGCAGUUCAGGGUAGGAGACAGUGUCUACCUACCUCCUGAGGCAUUUACUUUCAGUGUGAAGGCAGCUAGUCCAGUGAAGCGAUCCCAUCGGAAAGAGGACGUGGAUGAGGAUUUGUAUCCAGAGUAUUACAGGAAGUCUUCAGACUAUAUCAAGGGAUCAAACCUUGAUGCCCCAGAACCCUUCCGUGUUGGACGCAUCAAAGAGAUCUUCUGUCAAAGACGUGACAUGACAGAUGUCAAACUGCGAAUCUAUAAGUUCUACAGGCCAGAGAAUACUCACAAAGGUGUCAAAGCCAGUUAUCACACAGACAUCAAUCAACUCUACUGGAGUGAUGAGGAAGUGACAGUCAGCAUGUCAGAGGUGCUUGGCCGCUGUCAAGUAGAAUAUGGAGAGGACCUGAAUGAAUCUGUGCAGGACUACUCUAGUGGUGGCCCAGACCGCUUCUACUUCCUUGAGGCCUACAAUGCCAAGUCCAAGAGCUUUGAGGAUCCACCAAAUCACGCCCGCUCUGCUGUUCACAAAGGAAAAGGAAAGGGCAAGGGAAAAGGUAAAGGCAAAGGGAAGGCCUCAGUUCCACAGGAAACACAGGACUUGCCAAAUGAAACAGAGACAUCUAAAGUGCCUAAGUAUCGCACACUGGAUGUGUUCUCCGGCUGCGGUGGACUCUCUGAAGGCUUCCACCAGGCUGGUAUCUCUGAGACUCUGUGGGCUAUAGAGAUGUGGGACCCUGCAGCACAGGCAUUCAGGCUCAACAACCCCGGCACCACAGUCUUCACCGAGGACUGCAACAUCUUGCUGAAGUUGGUCAUGUCUGGAGAGAAGACUAAUUCUCUUGGCCAGAAGUUGCCACAGAAGGGUGACGUGGAGAUGCUGUGUGGAGGCCCUCCCUGCCAAGGCUUCAGUGGCAUGAAUCGCUUCAACUCUCGCACUUAUUCAAAGUUCAAGAACUCACUUGUGGUCUCUUAUCUGAGUUACUGUGAUUACUACAGACCAAAGUUCUUCCUGCUUGAGAACGUGAGGAACUUUGUCUCAUUCAAAAGCUCCAUGGUCCUGAAACUGACUCUACGCUGUCUUGUACGAAUGGGCUACCAGUGCACUUUUGGUGUCCUUCAGGCUGGUCAGUAUGGUGUUGCCCAGACUCGUCGCAGGGCCAUUAUCCUGGCUGCUGCUCCUGGAGAGAAGCUGCCCCGCUAUCCCGAGCCUCUGCAUGUGUUUGCUCCCAGAGCGUGCUCUCUGAAUGUGGUGGUGGAUGAGAGGAAAUACGUCAGCAAUGUCACACGAGGAAAUGGAGGUAUCUACAGAACUAUCACUGUCAGAGACACUAUGUCUGAUCUGCCAGAGAUCCGCAACGGAGCAGCUGCCUUGGAGAUCUCCUACAAUGGAGAACCCCAGUCUUGGUUCCAGAGGCAAAUCAGAGGAACACAGUAUCAGCCUAUCCUCCGAGACCACAUCUGCAAGGACAUGAGUGCUCUGGUUGAAGGUCGGAUGCGUCACAUCCCGUUGGCUCCAGGGUCUGACUGGAGGGAUCUGCCCAACAUUGAGGUUCGGUUGAAAGAUGGUACAAUGACCAAGAAGCUUCGUUACACACACUCUGAUAAAAAGAAUGGACGCAGCAGCACUGGCGCACUAAGAGGUGUUUGCACUUGUGCAGGAGGGAAGCCAUGUGACCCUGCAGACAGGCAAUUCAACACCCUGAUCCCCUGGUGUCUGCCUCACACUGGGAACCGCCACAAUCACUGGGCUGGACUCUACGGUCGACUGGAGUGGGACGGCUUCUUCAGCACCACUGUCACCAACCCUGAGCCAAUGGGCAAGCAGGGCCGUGUUCUGCAUCCUGAGCAGCACAGAGUGGUGAGCGUGAGGGAGUGUGCACGCUCUCAGGGAUUCCCUGAUACCUACCGCUUCUUCGGAAACAUCCUGGAUAAACACAGACAGGUUGGAAAUGCUGUGCCUCCACCUUUGUCCAGAGCCAUUGGGCUGGAGAUCAAGAAGUGUGUCAUGCAGAGAAUCAAAGAAGAGCAGGCAUCAGAGAACGUGAAACAAGAGAAGAUGGAAGUCUCAGAUUAAUCCCUUGUUGCCCUCCUGUGUGGAAUCAAUUCCUCAAAUCCUGAUGCUGAGGCAUCAGGCAAUCAUGAUUUUUAAUGGGCUGGUUUUGAGCCGUGUCACUCAAGUGGCCACUCUGGACAUUCUGUGCAGUACCAUUCCGUGUUUUCAGUUUCUAAAUGUGGUUUUAACAGUGUAAUUGAAAUGUUCACAUUAUGUGAUUUAAAUUGUAUGUAGCUUUUAUAUGUUGUAAUAUUUUAAAUAAAGCUCUUAUCAAAUGGA